AUGGAGAGACCUCAAUUCUCGCGAAUAUCCACCAAAUCAACAAGUCUACUACCGACAGAUUCCAACGCCAAUGUCAACUCCACGACGGAUGCAACCACAGCUGUAAGCUAUGAAAACAUCAACCUGGAGAUCCAACUGAUCAGGAUAGGCUCGCCGUCGAUUCGACUGAUAGAAACAGCCAGUAUUAGUUCUGAACUCAACGUGUCUGAGAUCUCGAAUUUCGCCACUAGUGUACGACGAAGAGUUCAAGCAUCACCCCACGUUGCAAUGAAUGGUGGAGAACCUCCAACGUAUCUUGACUUGUAUCCCCAUUGCAGCAGCAAAACCGGUGGCAAUUUGAAGGAGGCGGAGUAUUUUGACAGAUACGUCAAGAUUUCAAAGAGUAGCGACAGUAUCGAGUUCCACGACAAGUUGAAGCACUUUUUCAUAUUUUCAACGGCGGGGAAACCUAUAUAUACCAUGAAUGGAUCCGAUGACUUGGUCAUGGGGUACAUGGGCAUCUUGACUACUAUUCUAUACACUUUUCAGGAAGACCUCAAGCAGGAUUUGCAAAUUGUCGAGUUGGGAGAUGGUUUGAAGCUCGUGGCGAUGAACAAGGCGCCUAUUAUCUUGGUUGCCAUCUCGAAAUUACCUCACGAGACUGACCACUUGAUCUUGGGGCAACUACAUGUGUUGUAUUCUUAUUUAUUGAGCAUCUUGUCCAAGCCCGCGAUCGACAAGUAUUUCCACAAUAGAUUAAACUACGACUUGAGGAGGAUUUUAAGUGCUUUGGAUUUGGAAAACUUGGAUGAUUUAUGCACGAGGUUGACCUACGGCUGGGGAGAUCAAGCAUUUGCAUUUUACGCGACCCAAAUCUUCAACUCGCAACAAAGCCUUCGAAUUCCGUAUACUUUGAGGUCCAAGAUGGAUAAAAUAUUGCGAGAGUUUCAAGAUGACGAACUAUUGUUUUCAAUUUUGGCUAGGGACACCGUGAUUACCAACUAUAUCCACGCCAAGCCGCACAACUUGCCCGAUGCCGAUCUCAGCUUGUUACUCUUUAUAGUGUCAUCGUUGAAAAACAAAAACGAAGACUUGUGGGUGCCCUUGUGCAUGCCCAAUUUCAACAAGAAUGGGUUCUUGUAUGUUUUCCUGCGAAGUUGGAACCAGUUGACGAUAAUCUUGAUCAGCGGCAGCAAGAAUGCAUUUUACAAACUCAAAGAAAUUGCCAAUGCUAUAACUACUCGUGCAGAACAGGCCCAGCAAGGUCAAUUCUUGCUGAAAUUCAACCAUGAGCUCGCGGUGCCCGUUUCGAGCUUGGUUCCAUUUGUCGUGAAACAUUUCAUCUACGUCAACCGCGACGCCAAUUGUGACGCUAAUCGAUUCAUCAUGAGCGAAUACCCGCAGGAUAACAGAGACGUUGUUUUGCAAAUGGGGUUCUACUAUAACGCCCUUUUGAAUUGCAAAUCUCACCUCACGGCAAAAAAGUCGCUAAAAAAUGUCGAGUACAAGAAACUAUCGUAUGUUAAGUGGGGGCAAGUCUCGGGUUUCAUGCUCAGCGAUACUUCGUACGAGUUUUACUGCAUCACCGACGACGACGUCAACUCCAAGAAGUUGAUUGACAUUAGUCUUGCUAUAGUCAAAUGGUGCAAGAAGAACAAGUCCCGGCUAUUCACCUGA